AUUCCUACGACACUCUAUAUGUAUUAAUUUAUAAAAUUAAAUUUUGCAAUUUUCCAUGAUUGCUUGGUGUCACAACUGCAUCUAUAAAUAUUGCAAAAAGAUAUAAUUGUUAUGUUAUAGGAAAUAAUAACUGUUAUUAAAUUUUCAGAAAUAUUACAACUUUGUUUUUCUUUUCAACAAUGAUGAAUAACAUUGUACUAUGAAGAUUAUAUUUCUUAAUUUGCUUUUGCUACCUUCCAUUUUGUCAUUGAAUGAAGAAUUAUUACAUUAUGUUAGUGAUGAUGUAUCAGGUGGAUCUUACAAAUAUUAUAGUUUAAUGUAUGAAGGUAUUAUCAAAAUUCUGUUAAUAUCCCAAACUGGAGAUGCAGAUUUGUAUGCAUCACAUACAACGGCGAAACCAACUUAUGAACCAGAUCACUAUAGUCUGCAAUCUACAACUUGUGGAGAAGAUAUUAUAGUUGUACCAGACAAUUUCAAAAGGCCCGUUAGCAUAGGAGUGUAUGGACAUCCUUCGCAUGAAUUAAGUAAAUAUACUUUAUUGGUAUACGAAGUGAUAUCAAUGGAUGAUCAGACAACUUAUGAUCAAAAAGAAGAGAAUAUUUACAAGGAUAGUUAUAACAAGAAGAAAAGUCCAACAUUUAUAGUUACUUUUAUGAGGUCUAUUGGCAAUGUAUUAUUUGAAAUACUUUUUUAAUGACACGUAUAAUUAUUCACAAUAGAUUGCUCUGGUAUAAUAACAAUUUAUUAUAGUGAAAUAUAUACAU